AUGGACUACUUUUUGGAUGUUGAGUCUGCUCACAGACUGUUUUACAGUCAAGGAGCUCAAGCUCGUCGGGCAACUCUUCUCACCGUGCCCACUCUGAUGACAGCAUCUUCUGAUGAUGACAUCGACCGGAGACCUAUCAGGAGACUUCGGUCUAAGAGUGACACCCCUUACUUGGAAGAAGCUAGGAUCUGUUUCAAUCUUGAUAAUGCUCGCCGGGCCACGCUGCUCACGGUGCCCACAUUAAUGGCGGCAUCUUCUGAGGAGGACAUCGACCGCAGACCCAUCCGCCGCGUCCGCUCCAAGAGCGACACCCCUUACCUCGCUGAGGCCCGCAUCUCCUUCAACCUCGAGACAGCUGAGGAAGUGGAAAGACUGGCUGCAAUGCGUUCAGAUUCUCUGGUACCUGGGACUCACACACCUCCCAUCAGAAGAAGAAGCAAGUUUGCCACUCUUGGAAGGCUAUUUAAGCCAUGGAAAUGGAGGAAGAAGAAGAGUGAAAAAUUUAAGCACACUUCAGCAGCUUUGGAAAGAAAAAUAUCAAUGAGGCAAAGCAGAGAGGAGCUUAUAAAACGAGGAGUGUUGAAAGAAAUUUUUGAUAAAGAUGGGGAACUUUCCAUACCAAAUGAAGAAGGAGCUUUGGAGAAUGGACAGCCUCUGGGCUCCACACAAGUGCUGAGCUCCAGUCAGGUAUCCCUGCCAGCCCUAGCAGAACUGGAGUCGGGUCCAGCAUCUGGGGAACCCUGCUCAUAUGAGGUGCUCCCAACCACCGAGAUCAUGGAUGGGACAGAUCCUGGCGCUCCUGUGAAACUGCCUUGUAUGCCAGUUAAACUGUCACCUCCACUACCUCCAAAGAAAGUCAUGAUUUGCAUGCCUUUAGGGGGGCCAGACCUCUCUCUCUCAUCCUAUUCCACACAGAAGAGCUCCCAGCAGCCUUUGACCCAGCACCAUCACACUGUCCUGCCAUCCCAAUUAGCAGCACACCAGCACCAGCUCCAGUACGGCAGCCACAGCCAGCACCUGCCUUCUGGGUCCAACACGUUGCCCAUUCAUCCUUCAGGGUGCCGGAUGAUAGAGGAACUCAACAAAACACUAGCCAUGACCAUGCAAAGGCUAGAAAGUUCUGGUUUACACACAGGUGACAGUGUUACGAAAACAGGACCUGGGGGCCUUCCAGACAUGAGACAAGUGCCAACUGUUGUGAUCGAGUGCGAUGACAAUAAAGAAAACGUGCCUCAUGAAACUGACUAUGAAGAUUCUUCCUGCCUCUACCCAAGACAGGAAGAGGAGGAAGAAGAAGAUGAAGAGGAGGACAAUUCAUUAUUUACAAGCUCCCUGGCAAGGAAAAUCUGCAGGAAGGACUCUUUAGCAAUCAAAUUAAGCAACAGGCCUUCCAAGCGAGAGCUGGAGGAAAAGAACAUCCUCCCCAUGCAGACUGAUGAAGAGAGGCUUGAACUUAGGCAGCAGAUUGGGACAAAGUUAACAAGACGACUGAGCCAGAGGCCAACUGCUGAAGAAUUGGAGCAGAGGAACAUACUGAAACCCCGGAAUGAGCAAGAGGAGCAGGAAGAAAAACGAGAGAUAAAAAGAAGAUUAACUCGUAAGCUGAGUCAAAGACCCACAGUAGAAGAGCUACGCGAAAGGAAGAUCCUCAUCCGCUUCAGUGACUACGUGGAAGUGGCAGAUGCGCAGGACUAUGACAGGAGGGCAGACAAACCCUGGACACGACUCACCGCUGCCGACAAAGCAGCCAUUCGGAAAGAGCUUAAUGAAUUUAAAAGCACUGAAAUGGAAGUUCAUGAAUUAAGCAGGCAUCUAACAAGACAACGUUUAGAGCUAGAGGCUGUGAAAGAAACUCACGUAGACAAACCUGUGCUGCCUCCUUAUGUGGCGAUGUGCAGGCACGUGCUGGCUGUUUAA